GUCCCGGCCGGCGGUUUGCGUCGGGGGAGGGAGCCGGCUCGGAACCCAAAAUGCAACGGAAACGACCCCGCCCCCACACCCACCCUUGCGACGUCAUCGGUCCGCGCCAGCUUCCAGAAUCGUCAAUCAUGCAACGCACCUCACCCACACUCGUCUCCCCCAUCCAUCAUCCAUCCCCCCCGUGCGCUUGCUUUAGUAUUAAACCUCCAGCAAAUCCUCUCUCCCCUCCGCCCGGUUUUUCUUCAUAUUGUAGCCCGACAACCCCACGACAUACUCUUGCCAGUAACAACCCGAGCAACAAACACACAAACCCUUCCCCCAUCACCACAGCUCAAACCGUCACCAUGCCUCUCGUCGUCCCCGGUAUCAACAACGAGUCCUCCGGUGACAAGACCGAGGAAUGGACCAAUAAGCUGGUCGGAAAGAAACUGCACGAGGAGGAGUCCAACGAGACGACAUUUUGCAAGAGAGACCUACCCGAGAAGACGCGCGUCAUCGAGCCCGGCAUGAUGGUCACCAAGGACUUCGUCCCGAACAGGCUGAACGUGCACAUCAAAGAGGAUGGCACCGUCUCUCACGUCCAUCACGGCUGAGCCGACAUGACGACUGUUGCCCGUAGUCCCCGAAUAAUGCCUGGCUCCAGUGAGGGUUACGCGAUGAUGGUUUUAUGAUAGACUUUUGCAUGCCUGUACAGCUAUGAAUAAUUACAGAAUACGAUCUUUCAAAAUGUGCU